AUGUCACAUCAGCUCAAAGUGGGUCUUGAAAUACACACGCAGCUUAAAACUGCAAGAAAGCUUUUUUCACUUUCGCAUAACAACACAUCACUAUUAAGUACAAAACCGAACUCUGAGGUGUCAUUUUUUGAUGUCAGCUUACCAGGAACACAGCCCUUGUUGAAUCCAGAGGUUCUAUUUUGUGCUCUAAAGUGUGCAGUUGCAAUGAAUUGCCAAGUCCACCCGGAAUCACGGUUUGACAGAAAGCAUUAUUUUUACGGAGAUCAACCUUUGGGGUACCAAAUAACACAGAGAUACCAUGCAUUGGCUAAUGACGGGUGGGUGAAACUGACAAGGAGGUAUGAUGGGCUCCCAGAGGACCGGAAAAUCCGCAUUGAACAGAUCCAAAUUGAGCAAGAUACAGGAAGAUCUCUAUAUCGGCUGGAGGAAGGUACUACAGAUAUUGACUUUAACCGGUCGAAUAUUCCACUAAUUGAAAUGGUGACAAAGCCGGACUUUAGCAGCAUUGAGCAGGUGCGUUCCUUUAUCAAGAAGUAUGCGAGAAUGCUUCAGAAUUUGGACGUUUGUACAGGUGAGUUGGAAACAGGGGCAAUUCGUGUUGAUGUCAACGUUAAUGUUGAUGAACAUCCCAGGGUUGAGCUCAAGAACAUUCCUACAACUCCAGCAAUCGUGAGCGCUCUCAGAUACGAGUACACCCGGCAGUGUGAAGUCAUUGAAAGAGGAGAAAAGGUGGCAGAUGUGGAAACUAGAGGCUGGGAUGGAAAGAAGACUUAUCGGCUUAGAUCGAAAGAAGAUGCCAUUGAUUACAGAUAUAUGCCGGAUCCAGAGCUCCCUGCCAUUCGUUUAGAUACUGAAGAUGUGCUGGCGGGUAUAAAGAGCAUAAUGCCGCCUACUAUUGAGCAACAGAUGGACGAUUUAAUGGAAAACUUUGAGCUUAAGUUGAGAGAUGUCAACAUUUUGAUGUCGAAUCCCAAAUUACUUCAGUACUACGUGCAACUUUAUGCAGAGGUUGUUGGCCAUUUAAAGCUCGAGAACCCCAUUAACUGGGUGGUGCACGAUUUGUUGGGAUGCAUUUCAAAAUCAGAGCUGGACUUUUCCAGCGAUAUUUUACCUGUAAGGCAGUUUGCAACUCUAUUAAGCCUAGUUGCUGAUAAAACACUGACGAAAAGAAACGCAAAGCUCUUGUUGAUGCAUCUGGUAAACAAUUCUGGGGAUCGCAACAAGCCGCUUUUGGAUCUUGUGAACGCAUUCAACAUGAAUUCGAAAAAAGAAUCCACGAGUGGAGACGAGGCCUCGCAUGUUGAAGAAAUAUGCAGUUUAGUGCUCAAGAACAAUCAGAAUAUCGUUUAUGAUAUCAUUGACAAGGGGAAAAGCAGCAAGAUAAACUUCCUAAUUGGCCAGUGCAUGAGGGAAUGCCAUGGAAAAAUAGAUGCUCAGGAAUUCCGUGUGGUAUUGGAUAAACAGCUUGCAGCAAAGAUUUAA